AUGGAGCAUUUGGCGCUUCAAUUUGUUGCAACAAGACACUUUUCCUCCUCGCCCUCCACCCUCCGCGCCGCUGUUCAGGAGUCCAAGAAGCAGAAGAAUCUGACAAUGGCUACUCUUAACACCAAGGCCGGCCAGGUCGUCGACCGGACCGUCUUGGAUUCUAUGCUUCGCCGCCGUCUCUUCUACACCCCCGCCUUUGAGAUCUAUGGAGGUGUCUCUGGUCUCUACGACUAUGGCCCACCCGGAUGCGCCGUUCUGAACCACAUUGUCGAUCUAUGGCGGAAACACUUCGUUUUGGAAGAGGAUAUGCUCGAGGUUGACUGUACCAUGCUGACCCCGCACGAGAUCCUCAAGACUAGCGGCCACGUCGAUAAGUUCGCCGACUGGAUGUGCAAGGACCCUAAGACCGGUGAGAUCUUCCGCGCCGAUCACCUGGUGGAGGAGGUGCUCGAGGCCCGUUUGAAGGGGGAUAAGGAAGCUCGCGGCCAGAAGGUCGUGAUCGACGAGGAGAAAGAGGCGAAGAAGAAGAAGAAGGCCAAGAGCCAGGCCAUCAAGCUGGAUGAUGCGCUUGUCAAGGAGUACGAGGAGGUGCUGGCGCAGAUCGAUAACUUUGAUGGCCCCGCGCUCGAGCAGCUCAUCGCCAAGUACGAUAUCAGAAACCCUACCACCGACGGCAACCUCCUCCCACCCGUGGCCUUCAACUUGAUGUUCCAAACCUCAAUUGGACCCAGCAGCAACAUGCCCGGCUACCUGCGGCCCGAAACCGCCCAGGGACAGUUCCUGAACUUCCAGAAGCUGCUGGACUUCAACCAGCAGGCCAUGCCCUUCGCGUCUGCCUCCAUUGGCAAGUCGUUCCGUAACGAAAUCUCUCCCCGUGCCGGUCUUCUGCGAGUUCGUGAGUUCCUCAUGGCCGAAAUCGAACACUUCGUCGACCCCGAGGGUGGAAAGAAGCACGCCCGCUUCGAGGAGGUCAAGGAUACCGAGAUGACGCUGCUCAACCGGGAUAUCCAGCUGUCUGGAAGCACAAAGACCGAAGUGAUGACCAUUGGCAAGGCUGUGGAGAUUGGAUUGGUGAACAAUGAGACCCUUGGAUACUUCCUUGCCCGUAUCCAGAUGUUCCUGCUGAAACUGGGCAUUGAUCCUUCCAAGCUCCGAUUCCGUCAGCACAUGGCCAACGAAAUGGCGCAUUAUGCCGCCGACUGUUGGGAUGCUGAACUGCACACCAGCUACGGCUGGAUUGAUGCUUAUGAUCUGACUGUCCACAAGAACAAGACUGGUGCGCCUCUGGUUGUCCGUGAGACUCGUGCAGAGCCAUUGAAGGUUGAGGAGUGGCAGAUCGACCUGGACAAGAAGAAGUUCGGUCCCCGCUUCAAGAAGGACGGCAAGACUGUUGAGGCCGCUAUUGAGGCUCUUUCUCAGGAGCUCCGUGAGAAACUGGCUCUUGACCUUGAGCAGUCCGGUAAGAUUGAGGUUGAAGUGGAGGGUGUGGCCUUUGGCAAGGUUGAGCUGGACAAGGAACUCAUCAAGAUCGAGAAGCGUACUCGAGUUGAGAACGUCCGCGAGUACACCCCCAAUGUCAUUGAACCAUCCUUCGGUAUUGGCCGUAUUCUAUACAGCAUGAUCGAGCACGUGUACUGGUACCGUGAAGGAGAUGAGGCUCGCGGUGUUCUGUCCUUCCCUCCUCUCAUCGCGCCCACUAAAGUCCUGCUGGUGCCUCUCUCAUCUAACCCAGUUUUCCGUCCUUUGACACAGCGUCUGAUGUCCAGCCUCCGCCGCAUGGGUAUCUCCAACCGUGUUGACGACACCUCUGCCAGCAUCGGCAAGCGUUAUGCACGUAAUGACGAGCUCGGCACACCUUUCGGUGUUACUGUCGAUUUCCAGUCCGUCAAGGACGAGACCUUUACUCUGCGCGACCGUGACUCCACAAAACAGGUUCGUGCCAGCGAGGCGGAGAUCCUGCAGGCCCUCAAGUCCCUGGUGGAAGGUGAGGAGACCUGGGAGGACAUCCGCAAGCGACUGCCCGAGUUUACCGGGCAGGAGGUUGAUUAG